AUGCUCGCCGCGGGAACCCAGCCGCAUCAGACCCAGGGCUCGUGGGGGAAGACGAGGCAGAAUCUGCUCCAACAGGGGAGCCUUUCUCGGUUUCGGCUGGGGACACUUGUCCAGAGAGAGAGUCGACGAAAAGCGCCAACUCAACACUAUGCGCCGACAAUUGCCCAACCUCUCCACGUCCAGGACGCUGGCCAGAUUGUUCCGAGAUCUACGAUCCUGCCACGUAAUCUGUUGCGAGAGCCAUCCGCAGCACCUGUCAACACCCAACAGAAUGCUCUACAAGAAGAUGAAGCGCAAGCGGCAGAGUCCACAUACAUUCCUUCUAAGCUCCUUCGCACCGUGCUGGACACAUACAGACGAGAGCUCUUUGCAUCAUUCCCGAGAGUGGUCGGGAGCCCCGAGCUGGAGGUUCUCGAUGAGUACAUCAAUAUCAUCGUGCGAGAUGAGAUGCCGUUCAAGGUGACACCGGGAAUACGAGCUGUACCCGUGUCGUAUUUCAUCCCCUUGGCUUUCCAGCAUCAAGGACUGUUCGAAUGCUCCAUGGCAACGGCACGCGGUAUGUUCGAGAGCCGUCGGACAGCACCUCCCUUCAAACCAUCCACGGCAGUGUUUGGCCAACGAGCACGAGCAAUCCGGUCCGUUCGUGAUCUGCUGUCUCAGCCCGCGUCGUUGCAGGAUGAUCGAGCACUGAUCGGGGUGAUGCAAUUGAUGGGGACACAUAUCAUCACUGGGGAUAUCGUGUCGUUUCAAUCGCACCACAAAGCCGUCAAACAGAUGAUAGAGCUGCGCGGCGGCCUCGGAGAUACGGACGCGCAUCGAGCGCUGCGAGGCUUUCUUGGGAUGAAUGAAAUGUUUGCUCUCAUGUUGAAAUACGUGACCAGCACUAUGCCCGCCGCUGUCCCUGCCCGGACCUCACCAAGCACAUCGCAACCACUGUCAAGCACUACCCGACCACCACCUCUCAACGGCCAGGCAUCGUCCCUGCAACGCGCAAGUACCCAGACAUCCUCUCCUCCCACCAUCCCGCAGUUGAAGCUGGACUACCCGAGACAGCCCUUCCCCGAAAGCCUCAACGGCAUCAUCUCCAAACUCCCACCGGGGCUCGCGGCGCUGUCUCUCACAGGGACCAUUUCAACGCAGACGAUCGGCCUCCUCGCCCAGGUCGCCCCCUGGGCCGCCUUGACCGCGACCGCGAACCCGUCCGUCACGGUGUCCCACCCGGACAUCUUCCGCCUGUACUGCGAGCCCAUGGAGACGGCCAAGAUUGCCCUCUCCAUCCUCCUCGCCUUGCCCCCGGUCGCCGCCGCGCCCAGGCUCGACCACCUCCUCUGCGUCGGCCUGUGCCUCUCGAUCCGCGGCGCCCGGAACCAGGCCCGCCCCCCGGCCCUGCACGUCCGAUUGCUCUCGGACUUUGUCGCGGUCGUGCGGUCCCUGAUGAUCACUCGGACGACGACGACGACCGCCACCACCACCACGAAUAGUCCAUCGCUGACGCAGCCGGAGCAGGACGCCGUCGUGUGGAUCUCGUUCCUCGCCGCCUACGGCAGCGGCCACCCGGCCUUCCAGCGCCAGGUCGACGCCCUGCUCGACCUGGUCCUGCAGACCUACUCGUACGGCCCGGCCGCGCGGGAGUGGGCCUUCGUGGAGGCCCUGCUGCGCCGCUUCUUCUGGUUCGAGCCCCUCGGCGCGGACUGGCGCGAGCUGUGGCGUCAGAGCGUCGCUAGGAUGCGCGGGGCUUAG